UCAGAUGGCUGACAGGCGGAGGUGGGAAGGAGCCGGGAUAUUCUCCUGCACGUCCAGCCGUGUAGGUGCUGAGGGAGCUUCGUGCGCAUGAUCCCUAUAUACAAACACAUAAGGGUGCUGCAGCGGCUGCUUCCUAAGGAAUCUCUUAUAGUUUGUUUCUGCAGUGCUCCCCCCUGCUCUCCUGUGUCUCCCUUUCUCCCCUGAGUUCCCAAACACAAUUUCCCGUGAGCCUGGGGAACUUGCAGCCCAAAUCCAACAGCCACAGCAGCAUGUACCAAAGCAACAAGAAGAAAAGGAUAUGGAAGGAGGAGAAAGAACGGCUGUUACAUAUGACUCGGGAAGAAAGACGCAAAGAAUACAGAGAAUAUGUUUCACUGGAUAAAAUUCCAUCCCUAAUGGAAGAGCUGAAGAGCAAAGCAUCAAGUAAUGAUGAAAGCUCAGAAGAAAUUCAGGUGAAGAACAGCUUAUGUGAAAAAGUGUCACUUUACAAAGGGGACAUCACCCAGCUGGAAGUGGAUGCCAUAGUAAAUGCCGCAAACACAAGUCUUCUUGGAGGAGGUGGGGUUGAUGGCUGUAUACACAGGGCUUCAGGGCCUGCUCUGCUGGCUGAAUGUCGUGAGUUAGGAGGCUGUAAAACAGGACAAGCAAAAAUCACUUGCGGUUAUGAUUUACCAGCAAAAUAUGUUAUUCAUACUGUUGGGCCUAUUGCAAGAGGCCACCUAAGCCCCAACCAUAAACAAGAUCUAGCAAGCUGCUACAAUUCUUCCCUCACACUGGCAACUGAGAACACCAUCAGGACAAUAGCUUUCCCCUGUAUAUCUACUGGAAUUUAUGGCUACCCAAACGAGCCGGCAGCUAAUGUAGCUCUGACCACUGUCAAAGAAUUUUUAAAGAAGAACAGGGAUAAGAUCGACCGCGUCAUUUUCUGUGUCUUUCUGGAAGUUGAUUUCAAAAUCUACAAGAGAAAAUUGCAUGAAUUUUUUCCAAAAGAUGGAGGUGAUGAUGAAGAGGGGGACAAAGGUGACAGUGAAGAGAUGAAGGAAGACACAGAAGGGAAGCCUCAGUCACCUCCUACAAAGAAAAUUAAGGAGAAAAAAGAAGAUACCUCCUCCCCGGAUUCUCCUGAUGAGGAUUACUUGGAAGAGGCUACAGGGAAUACCCAAGAGCUGACUGACAUGAGCCUAGAAACGGAUGAAGGGAAAGAGGUUUCUUCCCCUGCCACAGAUCCUUUAAAAGAAGAAGAAUUGCCUGAGACUAAAAUCACAGCAAUAAUAUCUGUUGAGCCGAAGAAUGAAGAACCAGAAGAUGCAAAAAUGAUUAUGGAAGAAAAGUCACAAGAGCAAGAUGAAUCAGAAAAUAUGGAGACCAGUCAACCUAAAGUUUUAGUGGAGACAGAAGACUUGGACAGAGAUCCAGAGAAGACUUCAGAUUUUCAAAAAGAAAUAGCUCCAGCGUCCAAUGAAACAUGUCAAGAAUCUGGCCCUAAGGAUAGAAAUGAAGAUGCAAAUGAAGCAUAAACAUACCCAGAACUGCAGAUGCGGAACAACUCCUAUACAGCAUCAUUUCUAAUGAGGACCGAGAAUGUUGUGACCGUGUUCCCUAACGGAGAUUAGAGGGCAGAAUGGCAGAUAUUGGAUUUCAGUUUUAUUAUAUUCUGUAAAUUUGUUUAUCUUUACCUUAAUCUGAAUUUUGGUCUUUAAGAAGCUGAAUUGCUUGUAGUUUUUUUUCUUUUCUGGGUUAAAAUGUAUACAAGGAUCUGGUGAUCUGUUAUGAUUCAAACACAUUCAAAUUGACCAGUCAUAAUAAGUACAUUUAUUUGUUUGAUUAAUAUAGUUUAGCUAAUCUUUUGGGUUUUGCUUUUUUGAUUUGACUUGAUUUGACAUUUACAUUGCCUGAUGCUGGAUAGACAUAUAUGCAUAUUAAACACAACGGCCCGUCCCUUUUGGAGAGUGGCAAUAAUUGUUUGCAAAGUUAUGUUGUAUGCAUGCCUUAUUUCUUUUGAUUGUGAUGCUUAUCCCAUUAAAUGCUUUUCUGUUUUGGCAAAAUGAA